GGAAGAGGUGAGUGACGCUUUUCGACACGAACGUACGUCAUAACGUGCGGCCUGUUGAGCAGGAAGGUAAACAAACUGAAGUGAAAGCGGAGUUUGUGGAACGGUGAAACGGGUUUGUCAAAAUAUCGCCUGUACAAUAUUUCAUACUUCCCGAAAUAAUAUUGAGUUCGAGCAUUACCACGAACACUUUUAGAAAAUAUUUCCGCAGUUAAGAAGACACUUAUUUUUCACGGACAAUCUUGUCGGGAUUGCUGCACUAGUUUACUAUUUCUCUUUUUGUACACGUUGCCAGUUGCGACAAAGGCUUUCAUUGCCGCAAGACUAAUAAGUUGUUCACAUGGAGCAGAAGCUUGCAGAGUUUAGAGCCCGAAGAAGGGCUGAUUUGGCCAAGAACAGUAAAUCUUCUGAGCUGCAGUCCAUAACAUCGUCUGACUGUGGAAGCACUUCGAAGUCGGAUCGUUGCCACUUAACAACCGAUACAAUCACACAGCAGUGUAAAGAAAAUCUGAUCUCUGCAGUCUCUCAGUCUACGCAGACUAAACAUUGGGGGGAUGACUGGUUGCUGGAUAGUUCUCUUGGUAAAUGGCUUGGUUCCAAUCGACUGGCGUACACCAAUCUCACUUUGCUAAAGGUUUUGCUUUGGCUGGUUCUUCUUGGGCUGUUUGCAGAGUUGGAAUUUGGUUUACCUUUCUUUAUUAUUUCUCUCUUCUACUGGUUGUAUGAAGGGCUGCGGAACCCAACUGCACGACAACCAGGAGAACUAAGUGCUUACUCAGUGUUUAACCCGGACUGUCAGCCUCUUCUGGGUGCACUUACAGCAGAGCAGCUGGAGGGAGAGAUGGGCUACAGACCACUAGCCAACAGAUGAUACGCAUCAUGAAUAGUGCUUGACUUGAAUUGACAUAGGUGCCUUACUGUUUACAUUUCUGUACAGGAUCUACACAAUUGUGCACAUAUGUUACAAGGAUAACAUAGCUGCCAAUGAAACCCCAAGCAGGUUGGACUUCCAACUUAUAUAUAAACUUGUAUAUAUGCAAAUAUGAAUGAAUCAGUGGGCCGGUGCCCUACAACGCACAGUGUCUUAGAUUGAGAAACCACUGUAAUACGUUUGCAUGUAUAUUCUUUAUGGGGAAGAGGUGCUGGUACUUGGCUUCGGCUUCUGUCUAACCCCUGCUCAAUACAUUAAAACAACUGACUUUAAAAUCGAAUGGGCAUUGUAUAAAGCUUUCCAACGCACAAGGAAUUGGAAAUGUAAUUCUUCAAUGCUGGAUAUUGUGAAUGUUAAAGUAAAUGGUUGCCUAUUCCAAACUACAAGAUAAUUCAUCAACGCUGCAUAUUGAUAAUGAUAGGAAAUCACCAACAUCUACUAAUUAGUAAUAUAUGUACUACAAACUUGUAGAAGACUGUUUUACAGUACUUUGAUCAUACAGAGUGUUUAUAUUGUGAGAAAGGUUUUUGUGAUUCAAUAUCUCUGAUAGUGCUGGGUUGAUUGAAAGAGAAAUAUGUGAAGUGUGAGGGUUCUCAAUAAGUGUGGCACACAAUUCCAGUUUAAUAUCUUUGUUUAUGUGACCCCACCAUGUUAAGAAAGUGAUGUAAUCAACAACUACUACAUGCCAACUUGACAUUAUCAUAUAUUUUUUAAGAUGAUGGAUGAAUGAUUUGAAGUGUUGGAAAUUGAUCAGAUCAUUAGGCAAUAUUUCUGUGUGAAGUUUGUAUAAUGGAUGUUAUUUUGCUCACAGUCUUUUCCAGUUUGUUCUGGAAUGGCUGAUGGGCUUUGUAGAGAGAAACCAAAGACGUCCCAUCAUAUUCAGGGGCAUAGGAUCAGGGAGUGGGUGGUCCCACAUUGACUCAAAAUCAGGAUUUGCAUGGUACCUGAUUAAUGCAGAAUGGGUCCUGCAUACGGUCCUGCAUAUGGAUAUUUGGAGACAGGGUCCUACAUGCUAUUUUGCCUAUAAUAUUUCACAUUGCUUGUUGUGAGUACAUUUCUGCUCAAGGUUUUGCAUUUUGAGCCCUUGGUUCGAGGGCUCUGAAAGCAUAUCUAAUGCAUAUAUUGUCUGUAAUAAUAUAAGUUGUAAUAAUUUCCAGCUUACAAACUACUCAUAAGACAACUAUCCACUGGGAAAAAAACAGAAACUGCUCUUUUUGACCAUGCCUCAUAACCUUGGUUAUAUUAACCAAGAUACCUUUUGUUCUCCCCGUUUCACUUUUGACGUUUUAAAAUCAGGUGAUCCAUAGUAUCAGAAGAACUAGCGUAAACACAAAAAUGGUUAGAGGACUUUACUUGGAGAAGGACUCAUUACUUUCCGCUCCACCCUCAUCCAGUGUUGUCAGCAACACGUCCAUAGAGAAUAGUGUUUGGAUUGGGAUCCACACCUGAAUUUUGGCUUUGGCAUCUCCACUUAUGGCACCUGCUAUUCAAAAUGCAUUACUUGGUCAUUACUUCAGACUUAGAACGUUUAUAAUGGAUCCGCAAAUGAAAACAAUUCCAGUUUAGACAGCCCUAAGCUUGGCACCUGCCAGGGCCACUCCUAUUGUUUCGGCUCAGCUGGUUGAGGUCACCUGCUAGAACGGCGAAUAAAAAGAUAUAGAGAAGCUGACGGCAAGCUAGUUUGAGACAACACAACACCAGUAAAAAAUUUUUAUUUGCACCCAAUGUUGAUCACCCAUUUCUUAGUUAUUUAACGUUACAGCGACGUAAUAAAUACACCGGAAGUAGUACUGGUGUAGAAGUGUAAAGGGAUUCUGAGCCCGAUAGCCUACAGACAGGGUAAAUUGGGUCGUUGCAACUCAACUUCGCCUUCAAGUGUAAUAUGUGAUUGCUAUUUAAGAAGCACUUUCCGCAUCUAUUCAUAGCACUAAAAUUAGAUGUUACACUUAAACCAUCUGUAAUCAUUUUUGUAUGUUUACACGUACAAACGUUUUACGACACGACCGUCGUCAUUACGUAAGCACGAACAGGAAGGAUAGAAAGAAAAGUGGUCUGAUUACGCUUUGCGAAUACAUUGUAAUAUUUCAGUCGUAUUUGGGGUACGACGCUUUCAGAUAGUGGACAUUUUAUCACGGUAUAUAACAUUAGCGAUAUUGCAGAAGAGGUAUUUUACUCGGUCAAGAAAAAAUCCGUUAGAUGUUGGGCGUCUCACAAAUCCAUCUAACUAGCUAGCCAUCUAGCUAGCGUAUUUACCAGUGUUAGAUGCGCGGUGUGCACAGCUUACACAGCCACGCACUAUAUAAUUUCUGAAUGAGCAUGAUUCAGAAGUUGUUAAAAUUCGCAAAAUCUUGUAGGGUUCAGAGCCCCAUACCAGGGCAAGUGAGAUGCAGCCAAUAACAUCAACGGGCAAUGGCAGCCCUUUGAAGUCAGCCAGUUGGGAGUCAGCAGUUGAUACAGAUGCACAGGAGUUGACAAAACAUCCGAUACCUGCUGUUCCUCAGGCUACAGGGACUUUACAAUGGGGGGAUGAUUGUCUGCUGGACUGCAUUCUAGGUCGAAGGCUUGGUUCAAGGCGACUUGGUUUUGCAAACCGGACUUUGCUGAAGGUAUUGCUUUGGCUGGUUCUGCUUGGGCUGUUCGCUAAAAUGGCUUUUGGAUUGCCUUUCUUCCUAAUCUCCCUAUUCUACUGGCUCUACCAAGGCCUGCGAAGCCCAACAAAACGUCAACCUGGAGAACUGAGUGCUUACUCAGUAUUCAACCCAGACUGUCAGCCUCUCAUGGGCACUCUUACAACAGAGCAGUUGGACUGUGAAAUGGGUAUCCUUCAGCUAACCAUGUAAAAUAUUUUUUGUGCCUUUUCUGUAACAAUGAUCUUGUGAUUUUUGGUUUCAAGUUGACUCUUUCAAUAAACGAUGCACACUGCUUUUAAUGUUAGUUGUAAUGUAAAACUGUUAAUUCCAUUAAAAUUUCUACAUCUUA